UUCUCUCUUCCCUAUCUAAUUCCACCCACUUUUUAACAGAUUAAUUAUUUCAUUCUAUCGAUCUCAACAAGAUUUAUCACAUACAUUUUGAAUUAUGAAUCCCGAAACUAUUCAAAAUGAAGACGGCCGGAUAAAUACCAAAAGGUUCUCGAUUAAGGAUCCAAUCCGGUACGUGUUUCAAGCACAACGCAUGUUGUUUUUGUUCAUCGGAAUAGGCCUUGUAGCUCUCGUGUUCAAUGUCGUUGUCAUUCCUUCAUCGUCGUUGCAAAUGGAACACGAUGUCCCAGUUGACACAUUUCAGAUUGCCGAGUCCAUGUCCCUACCACCGCGCCGGAUAGCCUACGAGCUCCACUACGAUCAUGCUAAUCCGGGUGGGAGGAUUCCUCUUGGAUUAAAGUCCAAGAGCUUGAGAGUGUUAGUGACAGGUGGGGCAGGGUUUGUGGGAAGCCAUCUUGUAGAUCGUUUGAUGGCCCGUGGAGACUAUGUUAUUGUAGCCGAUAACUUCUUUACGGGUCGUAAGGAGAACGUACUUCACCAUCUUAGAAAUCCUAGGUUUGAGCUGAUUCGACACGACGUUGUUGAACCAAUAUUGUUGGAAGUCGAUCAAAUCUACCACCUUGCUUGCCCUGCUUCCCCUGUCCAUUACAAAUACAACCCUGUCAAGACUAUCAAGACGAAUGUGGUGGGAACAUUAAACAUGCUAGGACUUGCAAAGAGGAUCAAUGCACGAUUUUUGCUAACGAGUACCAGUGAGGUUUAUGGUGAUCCCCUUGAACAUCCUCAAGUCGAGACGUAUUGGGGCAACGUUAACCCCAUUGGCGUUAGAAGCUGUUAUGAUGAAGGGAAGCGUGUUGCUGAGACCCUCACCAUGGACUACGAUAGAGGCCUUAACAUUGAGGUUAGAAUAGCUCGGAUUUUCAACACAUACGGGCCAAGAAUGUGCCUUGAUGAUGGACGUGUUGUUAGCAAUUUUGUAGCUCAGGCCUUGAGGAAGGAACCGAUGACUGUUUAUGGUGACGGAAAGCAAACCAGGAGCUUCCAAUACGUAUCCGACCUGGUAGAAGGAUUAAUGAGACUAAUGGAGGGUGAACAUGUUGGACCGUUUAAUCUCGGCAAUCCUGGUGAAUUUACCAUGCUUGAACUCGCAAAGGUGGUGCAAGAUACAAUUGAUUCGAAUGCAAAGAUAGAGUUCAGGCCAAACACGGAAGACGAUCCUCACAAAAGGAAACCAGAUAUUUCGAGAGCUAAAGAACUUCUUGGGUGGCAGCCAAUGGUGCCACUAAGGGAAGGACUUCCAAUGAUGGUAUCGGAUUUCAGGCAACGCCUAUUUGGUGACCUGAAAGAUCAUGGAGGCGGUAGCACUACUACAAGCAAGUUUUCAUCGGUCUAAUUAAGGCUUGGUUCGUUUUGGUAAUUGGAGGUUAAUUAAUUAGGUUUAGAAAAGAGGCCAUUAUAACCAAAGGAAGAAUAUAAUGAGAGAAAGCUGAUGAGGCCAGGUUUUGUCAAAAAAAAAUAUAAAAUAAAUUGAUCAACGAAAGAAAAAACAAGUUUAUAGAACAUGUAUUUUGUAUCAUAUAUAGAUAAGAAGAUACAUAUAGGGAUAAUCAAAGAAAUAAAGGAUAAAAACUAAAUACUACCCAAAACUACACAUAUCUAUGUGUUUGUAUAUGUAUAUGUGCAACUGAACUCGUGUGUAUUUCAUGAUGGAUCUUAUCUUAUGUAUCAUACAUAUAUGUCGUGCGUAGAAAUGUUAUGAUUCUUCUUUAUUUACAUUUU